UAAGAAUAAUUGAUUUAAGGAUUUAUCCUAAGGAUGAUAUUAGAAAUAAUCAGAUUUAUUUCUUAAUUAUAAACAUUUAGGAGAAUGGAUAAAUUAUGAAUAUGAUAAUUGUUAUAAGAUAGGGGUAUGGAAGUGAAUAGAUGAAAAAUAUAUAAUUAAUUUAUAUAACAUAAAUUAAAUAAAGAUAUAUUUAUUUUUAAAAUGGUAAUGAAUAUCAAAAUUAAUCAUGCUAGGGAGUCGACGCAUAUAAAAAGACAAGAGUAUAAAGAAAUGUUUAAAGAAAAGUAACAUCAACUAACCUCUAUUUGAAAUUAUUGAUAAAGGUAAUAAUUAAUGAAUUAAUCAUAGUUAUAUAAAUUCUUAGCUAGAAGAACAGAUUCCAAUUUCAAUGCAACAAUUUUAAGAAGACUUUAAUAAACUAGAACAGCUAGAUAUCCCAUUAGUGUAAGCAGACUUGUCAAAUAAAUUAAUACUGCUAAAGAUAAGACAAGAACAUUAGUUGUUGUUGGCACUGUUACAGAUGAGUAAUUAUAUACAUCAUACCUUUAGUGUACGUCUUCUUACUGUUCCUAAACUUAAUGUUUGUGCUCUUAGAUUCACUGAGACAGCCAGAAAGAGAAUUCUUGCAGCUGGUGGAAAAACAUUGACUUUUGAUUAAUUAGCACAAUAAAAUCCAACAGGUAUGAUAAUAAAUAAAUUAAUUCAAAGGCACUGGAACAAUAUUAUUGAGAGGACCAAGAGUUAGAGAAGAAUUAAAACAUUUUGGCAGAGCUGCAGGUUUACCUGGAUCUCAUGCUAAACCAUAUGUCAGUCACACUGCAAGAAGAGGAAAAGGUGCAAGAUGAUUGUUUAAAGUACAUUAAUAUAUAACAAUUAAAUAAUAU